AUGGCAAUUCCACCUGCUCAAGUCCGAAUCGUCGAGGUCGGACCCCGCGACGGUCUGCAGAAUAUUCCCGGCAAGAUAUCAACUUCGACCAAGAUAGAGCUGAUCCGACGGCUACGCGAGACCGGUCUCACCGCGAUAGAACUCACCUCGGUGGUUUCUCCGCGGGCGGUCCCGCAAUUGGCGGAUUGUCGAGAUCUGCUCGGACACUCGUUCGUGCAAGAUCUGUUGUCGAGUCCAAGGCAGCCGUCUCCGGAGGCUGGCUUGAUGCGAUGGCCGGUCUUGGUGCCGAAUGUAAAGGGGUUGGAAAUUGCCGUGCAGAAUGGCGUGAGGGAGGUCGCGGUCUUUAUCAGUGCCACGGAGGGAUUCAGUCAAGCGAAUAUCAAGUGUUCGGUGGAGGAAGGAAUAGCGAGAGCAAGGGAGGUUACUCGUGUCGCUACUAAAGCCGGUCUCGCAGUGAGAGGAUAUGUAUCGUGCAUCUUUGAAGAUCCCUACGAUGGUCCAACACCCCAUCACGCAGUCCUUCAUGGUGUGAAAUCCCUGCUAGACGCCGGAUGUCACGAAGUCAGCCUCGGUGACACUCUCGGUGUUGGUUCUCCAGCCAAUGUCCACUCUCUCCUCGAGUAUCUGACAGGCCAUGAUAUCCCUAUCACCAGACUAGCCGGUCACUUCCAUGACACAUACGGCCAAGCAGUCGCCAAUGUCUGGGAAGCGUAUCGAUACGGCGUACGCGUAUUUGACAGCAGUGUCGCCGGGCUCGGCGGAUGUCCGUAUGCCCCCGGAGCAAAGGGGAAUGUCGCCACAGAGGAUGUGGUGUAUAUGUUCCAGAAUGCGGGGAUCAGUACGGGUGUCGAUCUGACGAAAUUGGCCGAAGCAGGCGAAUGGGUCGCGAAUGAGCUGGGGCAGACCAAUUCGAGUCGAGUCGGCAGGGCCUUGUUGUGCAAGACUCGAAUGUCGCAAGACAAGCCAUCGCCGACGACGACGACCACGACGUCGAGUCUGAACGAUGCUCUGGCGAAAUUCACACCAUGCACAAUGUCAAUCCCCGCACAGUUCUCCCUGAAAUGGACCUUGAUGUCUUCAUCUUCCAAACCAUCCAUGGAAAACAAUCGGUUCUCCACCGACAACGUCUCGCAAACUCUUCCUCCCAAGGAUCCCGACCAGGAGAAAGCCGCACUGUCCUCGUCCCAGCCGCAGUCCACAUCAUCGGCACGAGCCUGGAUCUCGCUGCGAAGACCGUCAUGUAGCAGUGUUCGUGUGUGA